UUGACCAAUCAAGCGGGGCCAAGGCUGAUCUAAAACUCGUGGAUAUAAACGAGGAUUUCAGACGAGGUCCUACAUCAACAGGAUCACAUCGCAACCAUGAGGUCUCUGGUAUUUGCCCUGCUCAUUGGAGCUGUUUUCGCCACCGAAGACGACAAGAUCGUCGGAGGGUACGAAUGUGUUUCUCACUCCCAGCCCCAUCAGGUGUCCCUGAACUCCGGCUACCACUUCUGUGGCGGCUCCCUGAUCAACGAGAACUGGGUUGUGUCUGCCGCUCAUUGCUACAAGUCUCGCAUUGAGGUGCGUAUGGGUGAGCACCACAUCAGGGUGAACGAGGGCACCGAGCAGUUCAUCAAGUCCUCCCGGGUCAUCCGUAACCCCAACUACAGCAGCUACAGCAUGGAAUAUGACGUCAUGCUGAUCAAAUUGAGCACCCCUGCUCAGCUCAACCAAUACGUCCAGCCUGUGGCUCUGCCCCUGGCCUGCGCCCCUGCUGGCACCAUGUGCAGAGUCUCUGGAUGGGGCAAUACCAUGAGCUCAAUGGAUGAUGGGGACAAGUUGCAGUGCCUGGACAUCCCCAUCUUGUCUGAACAGGACUGCAGAAACGCCUAUCCUGGUAUGAUCGGUGAUACCAUGUUCUGCGCUGGAUACCUGGAAGGUGGCAAGGACUCCUGCCAGGGUGACUCUGGUGGUCCAGUCGUGUGCAACAAUGAGCUCCAGGGUAUCGUUUCCUGGGGCUAUGGAUGUGCCGAGCCGAACUACCCCGGUGUCUACGCCAAGGUGUGCCUGUUCACUGAUUGGUUGCAGCUCACCAUGGCGAAUUACUAAAUCAAUCCCCAACAUCUGACUUCAAGGUCCAUGAAAACAACAUCUUCUGUAGUUUGGUUUGAUUGAAGACGGAAAUGAUAAUAAAGCAAUUGGAAUGAA